AUGACCUGGACAUUCGAUAUUACACUCCUCCGACUAAUAGGCUGGAGCUCAGCAAGCUUCUACCGACCCGAUGAAGACUUGAACGUCUGCGUGGGCCUCUGGAAGCCACCAGAGCUUCUUCUCAGCUACGAGCGAUACGACUUCAGCAUAGACAUGUGGUGCUUCGGGGCCAUGCUCGCAUCCAUGAUCUUCAGGAAGGAACCAUUCUUCCACGGGUCUUCGCUCCUUGAUCAACUAAGGCACAUUGCUGAAGUCCUUGGUACAGACAAACUGUACCGCUUUAUGAAUGAAUAUAACCUUGAGUUGAAUGAUGAGGAACUUGAAACUCUGGGCCAACAUCAUGAGCAAGCUUGGACCGAUUUCAUUAACGCGGAUAAUGAGAGGCUUGUAUCUGAUGAAGCUCUGAGUCUUAUUGACCAGCUUCUACGAUUUGACCCGAAGGCGAGUAAUAUUCUACGAGGAUUGGAUAGUGGUAUGCUAAUAUCAAAUGAGUAG